AUGAAACCGCCACAGUUUCAUGGAGGACUGGAUCCGUUGAAGGUAGAGGCAUGGGUCCUUGGAAUAGAAAAAUUGUUUGACGUGUUUCCUUGUCUAGAAACACAGAAGGUAUUGCUAGCGACCUUUACACUGGAAGACGAAGUGAGAAGGUGGUGGAAGUUGAUGCGUGAGAAUCAUAAAGACAUUGACUGGAUACGAUUUUUGGAAAUUUUCUACGAUAAAUACUUUUCACAAUGUGUUUGUAGUAGAAAAGUGUCAGAGUUUAUGGAACUUAAACCAAACAACAUGUCAGUGGCUGAGUAUGAGGCCAAGUUCACUGAAUUGGAUAGAUUUAUACCACACAUGGUCGAUACCAACUAUAAGAAAGCAAGACAUUUUGAAGGAGGCCUUCGAGAUGAUAUCUUAGACAAGGUGAAUGUACUAAAGCUAGAAACCUACAUUGAUGUACUGGAUCGGGCCAUAAUAUCAUAA